AUGAAAGGCUUGACCUUGUUGCUCCUUGUCUCCUUGCAAGCCUGCCAUUGUGGCCUGUUCACAAUCAACACUGGAAGUAACUUGAAUCUUCGGGGGGGGGCCAAGAAGGUGGUUCCAUUUAAAGUCCCCCCUGUGAGCCCACGGUGCAAGAGAGCAAGCUCUAUCCACCUUCAGAACUUGCAGGAUAAGACCAAGGACCCGCAUGUCGUGUACAAAGCUUUCAAUGCUCUGUCUUUAAUCUGUCUGGAUGGAGAAAAGCAAUACAGGAUAGGAAAGAACAAGAAUGGCUGUGAGGCGCUCGUGGAAACUUUGAAGGUCCACCUCCACUCUGCAAAGAUCGUGCUCGAGGGACUUCGUCUAGCGACGAAUUUGGCGUAUGCACAACCAAGACCUCCGUAUGGAGUGGACGGUUGGGCUCACAUGAUAAACCAGGCAUGUUGUCAACAGCCUGUUGAGCAUUUCGUAACGUGCGAACAGAACCUAUUAGGAAAGUUAGGGGCCUUCCCAUUGUUUGUUCAAGCCAUGAAACGGCACGAGGGAAAUGCAGACAUACAGAGCACAGGGAUCAGAGCUCUGUCCAACCUUGUUUUCAACCACUCUUCCAACUGUUUGUUGGCCGUGGAGAAUCGCGUAGUCGAGACAGUGUUGAGUGCAAUGGCAAAGCAUGAAAAAAGCGUUCAUGUCCAGGAGGCCGGCUGCAUCUUCAUCUGGACAUUUCUGGUCAAAGUGGUGAAUGAAACGCAUAUCACUUAUGGACUGGAGUACGCGGGCUGUCCAGCUGGUGGUAAACUUCAAGUGAACUUGGCUCUUGCAGGCAAAGUGGCUGAGAGCGGCGGCGUUGAAAGAAUCAUCAAGGCAUUACACAACUUCGGGCAUGCGCAUGAAUAUGAGAGAGAAGGGUAUUGUCUGGCUUUGCACAACCCUCAUGAGUCUGAGCCUUCUCCAGAUUCAAUGUGGGAGAACAAGGGUGCUAUCCAGCUCGCCAAGAGAGUUUUAGAGGCACAAAAGGACAUUGCGCCAGCUCGAACAUGGGCCGCUCGCUUGCUUCAGCAGCUUACCGGCCAAGAUUUCUCCGAGCACAUAAUGAAAAUUGACGUGCCUGGCCCAAGAAUGGACGAUGAUGUCUGGGAAGAUCUUGCAAACGGGUAUUCGAAGUGUAGAAGGAAAAAGAAAACAAAAGAAUUUCGCUCCAAGCUUGAGACACUGGCGAGAGAGAAAGGGGGAGGGGAUGGAAAAGAUGAGCCCAUGCAUCGGAUGACGCCAGAGGAAAAGAAGGAAAUUGCUCGAUGGAAGAAGAUUGCAGAUGUAUCCGAUUCUGUUGAAGCCAUCAAUGCGCAACACGAUUGGGAAACCUCACAGCGUCAGGCUAAGCUUAAGGAAGUGCAAUACUACAACAAGGUUGGGAAAUUUAAGGAGCGAGACAAGAAAGCAAUGGAAGAUUUCAAGAAAUGGCAGCAGAAAAGGCGAAAGAGCAAGAAGAGUGACAGCAAAAUGAAGCAAAAAGGCAAGCCCAAAAAGAAAUAA